AUGCGUGCUUUUGAAAAUCAAUUAAGUGAUCAUAUGCCAGUGAUCGAAUGUUCGAUUGCAGGUUCACGUAUCGUCGGUAGAUUGACAGUUGGCAACACCAAGGGUUUGCUCCUCCCAAAUACCUGUACCGAUCAAGAACUUUUACAGAUCCGUAACUCUCUCCCAGACAGUGUCGUUGUACAACGUGUUGAAGAGCGUUUCUCUGCACUCGGCAACUGUAUUGCCGUCAAUGAUCACGUUGCUCUCAUCCAUCCAGAUCUCGAUCGUGAGACUGAAGAAAUCAUAGCCGAUGUCCUCGGCGUCGAAGUUUUCCGUCAAACCAUCCACGGCAACGUCCUCGUCGGAACAUACUGCGCACUCUCUAACCAAGGUGCCCUCGUCCAUCCAAUGACCACUAUCGAUGACCAAGAUGAAAUCUCAUCGCUCCUCCAAGUACCACUCGUCGCCGGUACCAUCAACCGUGGUAACGAAUGCAUAUCUGCCGGUUUGGUCGUCAACGAUUGGACCGCCUUUGUCGGUGCCGAUACCACCGCCACUGAAAUCUCUGUCAUUGAAAAUAUCUUCCGUCUCCAACCACACGCUCCAUCUCAUCUUAUCAAUCAAAUUAGAGAUUCUGUAAUUGAUAAUUUAUAA